CGCCGCCCGGCUCCUCGGUCCCUCACCUGCCCGCCGGCCUCCGCCCGCCGAGGGGGCUGGCCCGCGGCCGCCUCCCCUGCCGCCGGGGGAAGGUGCCGAGCGGCGCCGCGGGAGCCCGGCGGGUUCUGUCUUCAUUUUGCUGACUCAGACCACAGAUUCCAAGGAAAGGAGGGGGAAGUGGAAUAAAAUACUCAAGUGCCAGAGGAAAAGCCAGACUAGCCAAUGAAAAUUAUUGUUACUAAACUGUAGACUGCUCUCACUUACACAUAGUGGUGGGGGCAAAAAAACUGCUGUCGAUUCAAAGCUUAUAAAAUGACUUUUGCAGACUUUCCUCAUUGAACUUCAAAUAGGCUAAAAGCUUUCAACUAGGGUUGAGUUAAGGAAUGGAAAUAUGACUCCUUGCUGGUGUCUUCCAUCUUCCACCCCCUCUGCAGGGUUUUUUGUUUGAGGUAGGAAAUCCUGAACAAAUUGUAUGGCAUCAACAAAACUUACAGUUGAUGGUUAUGGAUGACAUAGGAACUUCAGAUUUGUGUCUCUGCAAUGACCCUGAUUAAGGCAAAGGUUGAAAACCACUUAUCAGCUACUUUAUCAAAACUUGUAGUAACUAUUAUGGUUAUGCUUUCUCUCUCUUUCUAAGAUUUGAACUCUGGGGUGAUGUUCCCUGGAAGGCAUGAGCAGAUAAGUCAUCUUUUUGGAUUGGAAACGGAAAUAAUACGAGAAUGCCCAGAAGAGGCUUAGUAAUUCAAGCCAGGACUCGUUGGCUAUUAGUGGGCCUUGCUUUACUAUUCAGUUUAGUCUUGCUUAUGUAUUUGCUCGAAUGUGCUCCACAAACAGAUGGUAAUGGAUCUCUACCUGGUGUUGUAGGCGAAAACAUGGGUAAAGAGUACUAUCAAGCUCUCUUGCAGGAACAAGAAGAGCAUUAUCAAAACCGAGCUACCAGUCUGAAACGUCAGAUUGCCCAGUUAAAGCAAGAGCUUCAGGAAAUGAGUGAUAAAUUGAAAUCCCUGCAGGAAAAAAAGAGCCCCAAGGUCAAUGGUAUGAACUACCAGGGCACCAAAGAACAAGCAUCCAAUGAUCUCCUAGAGUUUCUUCAUUCCCAGAUUGACAAAGCUGAGGUGAGCGUGGGGGCCAAACUGCCUAGUGAAUAUGGCGUCAUUCCUUUUGAAAGCUUUACGUCCAUGAAAGUAUUCCAGUUGGAGAUGGGGCUCACUCGGCAUCCAGAAGAGAAACCUGUUAGAAAGGAUAAACGAGAUGAAUUGGUGGAAGUUAUUGAGGCUGGCCUAGAAGUUAUCAAUAAUCCAGAUGAAGAAGAUGGACAAGAUGAAGAUGAUGGAGUAGGAGAGAGGCAGCUGUAUAGUGAAAAUGAUUUUAUAGAAGGUUACUAUCGUACAGAAAGAGAUAAGGGGACACAGUAUGAGCUGUUUUAUAAGAAGAUGGAUGGCAUGGAAUACAGGCAUGUCACCUUGUUCCGACCUUUUGGACCCCUCAUGAAAGUGAAGAGUGAAACGGUCGAUAUUUCUAGAUCAAUGAUUAACAUUAUUGUCCCUCUUGCUGGAAGAACUGAGGCAUUUGCACAAUUUAUGCAAAACUUUAGGGAUGUGUGUAUUCAUCAGGAUAAGCGUGUUCACCUCACAGUGGUGUAUUUUGGACAAGAUGGGCUAUCAGAAGUAAAAAGCAUCCUAGAAUCCGUAGCUAGAGAAACUAACUUCCACAAUUACACGCUUGUCUCUCUGAAUGAGGAAUUUAACCGAGGCCGGGGACUUGACAUGGGUGCCAGAGCCUGGGAAAAGGGCGAGGUCCUGAUGUUCUUCUGUGAUGUUGAUGUUUAUUUCACAGCCGAGUUCCUCAACAGUUGUCGCUUAAAUGCUGAGCCUGGGAAAAAGGUUUUUUAUCCUGUGGUAUUCAGCCUUUAUAAUCCUGCUAUUGUCUAUGCCAACCAAGAUCUACCACCCCCUGUGGAGCAACAAUUGGUACACAAGAAGGAUUCUGGUUUCUGGCGGGAUUUUGGCUUUGGGAUGACUUGUCAAUAUCGGACAGACUUUCUGACUGUUGGGGGUUUUGACUUGGAAGUGAAAGGCUGGGGCGGUGAGGAUGUUCACCUUUACAGAAAGUACUUGCACGGUGACCUUAUUGUGAUCAGGACACCAGUCCCUGGUCUCUUUCACCUCUGGCACGAGAAACAUUGUGCAGACGAACUCACUCCAGAGCAGUAUCGCAUGUGUAUCCAGUCCAAAGCCAUGAACGAGGCCUCUCACUCGCACCUUGGGAUGCUGGUCUUCAGGGAGGAGAUUGAGACUCACCUCCGUAAGCAGGCUUACAGGACUAACAGCGAAGCAGUGGGUUAAAUGUCACCCCCGUGAUAUUUGAUGACUUCAAAUUCACAAUGAACCAGCAUCAUUUUACAGCCUUAAUUCAGCUUAAAAAUGCAGUGCCUCUCUUUUUCAGUGAAGAAGAGUUUAGAGGGUUUUUGGUUCUUCUGUUUGUUUUCCGAGUAAUGCUUUGACUGAUAUGCUAUUACCUACAUACCUUGCAAGUUCAAGCACCUCAAAUAAAUUGGAAAGCGUGUGUGGUUCAAGGAAAGUGUCUUCAGUAUCGACUGGAAAAAUCAAUGGAAUGUACAACCUAACAAUUUUCCACACGGUACAUUUCAAUUCUUAUAUUUGCAUUAUUUUAAGAAUUAAAUUAAAUAAUCUUUUGUGUUGUCUUGAGUAUUUUCAGUCUGUGUGGCUCACUGUGCUGUGACUUUAGAAGGACUAAAAUACACUCCAUUGUAGAAACAAGAGAAAGGUGUGAAAAAGAAUCUUGCCCUGAAAGCUAUACAGAACAUCCUGACUGGUACACCAACUGUUCAGGUUGCUGAUUUCACAGCAAGGGCCGCAUUUGCUCUAUUAACAGACAUUCACAUGGUUGAGUAUAGAAUAAUUCAUGUGAAGGAGGGGAAUGAAAAUCUUUUAAAGUGGAAUUUUAGAGCAUAUAAUGUAAUUUCACACUGCAAAAGAGACACCACCUUCUUAUCUCGGUGGUGGAUCAGGCAAGUUGGGAACAUUCCAGCUGGGCGUUUCUGGGUCUGGUCUUUUCCCACAGUCGAUGCCACAUCACAGAAUCCCUUCUAUAAACUGAGCUAUGCUAUUAAACUUGUUUGUUUAAAGAUUUUUGGCCCCACUCCUCCUUAUUCAAAGGCCUUGCCUGUACAUCUCGUCCUUUAAGUUGAGGAACCAUCUUUCCAUUCCCAUAUAAAUUUAUUAGAGGCCCGUUUGCUAUUAUGCCAGUAUUGUCCUUUUGCUUUCUUUUUCUGGUAUUUUCCUGACAUGUUUUCAGAAGGCAGUCAUAUACUCAUAGUGUUUUGGUGACUGAAAAAGCAAGUGCUGUUACAGUCUGUCUUCAUACAGUGCUCUCCAUUCCACUGAUUAUCCUAGUAGCCUUAUUCUUCACUUUUUCAGUUGAGGGGGUUUUAGGGGUUUUGUUUGUUUGUUUGUUUUUUGAGCAUGCAUAAGCAGAAUUAUGCUGUGGUCUCAUUAGUGCCUUGUAUAAUGGCACUACUACUUCGCUACUUCCCUUUUAGGUAUUUUGGGAUGCAUAAACAGUUUAAAUGCAGGCAGGUCAUUUUUCUCCAUGUUGUCUUAUAUGCUACCAUAUGGCAUGCCUCAUUUUUAAUACUUUUGUUUAUAGAAUGAAUGCUGAGAACGCUAAUUCUGUGGUUAAACCGUUUGCAUGGUCUCCACUGAAUUUAGAAAUUUAGUUGAAAACCCUUCUCAAACCGGGUGAUUAAGAUCUGUUGAUGAAUUCAGUUUGCUUCAAGAAUUCUGAAGGCAACUAAAGAUUUGAAUGGUUGACUUCUGAAUAGCAGAUACGCUGUGCAAAUAGUUCGGGGCACUGAUCCUUUUUAUAUGUACAUAAAAAUUGCCUUUAUGUAACUUAUUGUGGAGAACAGUGUACUGUAUUGUACUUAGAGUGAAGAGAAUGCAUUGCAAGACUUCUUGCAAUUGAUAUUCUCAGUAUAAUAAAUGGAAUUUCUGCAUUUUA